CGGGAUUGAAAUUCGAAGCGGCACAAGUUAAUAGUUUACUUCCUGUUCUUUUUAUUAAUGAUUGUUUAAUGAAAACUGGAAUGAGAAACUAUUAUUGAAACUUUUGCAUUAAAAUAAUAUCCAAGUAUACAGUGAAGAUUUCAUUCAAGAAUGACCUCAAUUCCAACAUUAGAAGAUAGGAGACGUUGUAGCCCAAUGGAAAGUGAAACAAGUAUGAAUGGAAGUUAUGAGCAUGAGAAAAAUAACAUUAGUGGUAGUGGAGAUGAGCAAACACGAAGAUCAACCAGAAGGAAACGUGCUAAAGUGGAACACAAGGAGGGAGAAAUAAAGACCGUUAACAUAUCAGAAGAAGAAAAUGCUUCUGAUAUAGAUGAUAAAAACAAAAUUGAAAAAAAUUCUACACCUGCUAAUCCUAAUGAAGAUAUAGAAGAAAUGGAUAGUGAGCAUGAUGAUCCUACAGGACUUGAAGGAGCUGCAUUUCAGAGUCGCCUUCCUUUCGAUAAAAUGACAGCCCAGGAAGCUGCGUGCUUCCCUGACAUUGCACAAGGUUUGCCUCAAAGCCAAAAAGUAUUUCUUUAUAUUAGAAAUAGACUGCUGCAAUUAUGGCUUGAAAAUCCUAAACAACAAUUAGUGUUUGAAACAGCUUUGCUUCAUAUUGAACCUCCCUAUAAUAGUGAUGGACCACUUGUUAUGCGUGUUCAUGCAUUUCUUGAACGUCAUGGAUUCAUCAAUUUUGGAGUUUUCAAGCGACUGAAAAUGUUACCUCUCAAAAAAGCUGGUAAAGUGAUUAUCAUUGGUGCUGGAAUAUCUGGAUUAGCUGCAGCUCAGCAAUUGCAACAAUUUGGAAUGGAUGUUGUUGUUUUGGAAGCAAGAGAUCGUGUUGGUGGACGUGUUGCCACAUUUCGCAAAGGUAAUUAUAUAGCAGAUUUAGGAGCUAUGGUAGUUACUGGAUUGGGUGGUAAUCCUAUAACAGUGAUCAGUAAACAGAUAACUAUGGAACUGCACAAAAUACGACAAAAAUGCCCUUUAUAUGAAUCUAAUGGGAAUACUGUACCCAAAGAUAAAGAUGAAAUGGUAGAAAGAGAAUUCAAUAGACUGUUAGAAGCUACUUCCUAUUUAUCUCAUCAGCUUGAUUUUAAUUAUGUUCAUAAUAAGCCUGUUUCCUUAGGACAGGCUCUAGAGUGGGUAAUCAAAUUGCAGGAGAAGCAUGUUAAAGAAAAGCAAAUGCAACACUGGAAAGCAAUUUUAGAACUUCAAGAUAAACUGAAAGCCAAUCUAAAUAAAAUGUUGCAUCUCAAAGAUCAAAUAGAAGAAAUGCGCAAACAGUAUCAAGAACUCUCAGAAUCAAAACAACAAAAGGAUAUUACCCUUGAAUUUGUACUCCGUAGUAAAAUGAGAGAUAUUGGCGCUGCAUGUAAAGAAUGGGAUCAGUAUCUAGAACAACAAAAAGAAAUUGAAGAGAAACUACAGGAAUUAGAAGCAUCUCCUCCAAGUGAUGUUUAUUUAUCUUCCAGAGAUCGCCAAGUAUUAGACUGGCAUUUUGCUAAUCUUGAAUUUGCAAAUGCGACACCUCUAAAUAACCUGUCUUUAAUGCAUUGGGAUCAAGAUGAUGACUUUGAGUUUACUGGAAGCCAUAUGACAGUUCGAAAUGGCUACUCAUGUGUUCCUGUUGCUCUGGCUGAUGGUCUAGACAUAAAACUUAAUAUGGCUGUGAAAAGCAUUCGUUAUGCUCAUCAAGGAGUUGAAGUACUAGCUAUGAAUACCCGAGCAAACUCUGGCAUGGUUAGUUUCAAAGGUGAUGCUGUGUUAUGCACUUUACCAUUAGGUGUAAUGAAGCAUUCGAUUCAAUCAAAUGUACAAUCACCAAAUGCAGUUCAAUUUAUUCCUCCACUUCCAGAUUGGAAAGCUGCUGCAAUACAAAGACUUGGCUUUGGAAAUCUUAAUAAAGUUGUAUUAUGUUUUGAUCGUGUAUUUUGGGAUCCAAAUGCUAAUCUGUUUGGUCAUGUUGGUAGCACAACAGCUAGUAGAGGUGAGUUAUUCUUAUUUUGGAAUUUGUAUCGAGCACCAGUACUGCUUGCAUUAGUAGCUGGAGAGGCUGCUGCUAUUAUGGAAAAUGUCAGUGAUGAUGUUGUUGUUGGUCGGUGUAUAGCUGUUUUAAAAGGAAUUUUUGGUAAUGGAGCAGUGCCUCAACCAAAAGAAACUGUAGUAACACGAUGGAGGGCAGAUCCAUGGUCAAGAGGCUCAUAUUCAUAUGUAGCAACUGGUUCUACUGGUAAUGAUUAUGACAUUUUAGCUACACCUAUUAUAUCUCCUACUCCAUCUGGUAGUCAGUCUACUGGAAUUGCAAGGCUUUUCUUUGCUGGUGAACACACUAUUCGUAAUUAUCCUGCAACUGUUCAUGGUGCUCUUCUGAGUGGUUUACGUGAAGCUGGACGAAUCGCAGAUCAAUUUCUUGGUUGUCCAUAUGCUGCACGUCCACAAGCAGCGCCACAACAACAACAAGUUUAAUAGUAAUUUAUAUAAAAUUGUUAAGGAUGCAGUUUUUAAAAUAAAUCGUAGACAGUAUUGUUUUUUCCUCACCCUCUCCAAUAAGUUUUAAAAAAAAUUAUCAGUUGUCAUUGAUUUAAUGUACACUGCAUUUUGGUAAAAAAUAUUUUUUGAAAUGCAAUCAUUGUUUUACAAUAUAUUAUUUUAAUAAUAUUUGCACUCUAGGUUUUGCUUUUCGUCAGUAUCUAAAUGUGAAAUUUCAAGUAAAAUUUAAAAUAAAUAAAUAAAGUUAUUAGAACUCUUGCAUUAUAAAUUUCACUGAAUUAGCUACUUUGAUAAAAAUCUGGUAUUUUAGACCAAACUAGAUUUAAGUCUUAGAAAGAACAUUUGUGAUAACUUUUGAAGGUAACCAAAUGUUUGGUGGAAUGAUAAUUUUGUUUCAAUUUAAGUACAUGUAUAUUGUAAAAUUUAUUAUAUAUAUGAGUGAGCAUUUUAAAAAAAAAAUUUACACAUGUAUCCCUCCCAUGUAUAUAUCUUGAAACUUUUGCUGCUGGUCAUGUGAGGUUAUGUUGAUAGUUAACCACUUGCGCUAAAAAGAUGUGCCACACACGUCGAGAUGCUUUUGUCUCAAACCGCAAGCGACGUGAACACCACGUCAAUAGGCAUUUAUCACAAAAAUGAAAAUAACGUGGUGCACA